CCCUCGACGGCACGCCCACCCACGACAGCUUCGGCGCCGACGAGACACUCCGCGCCGCCCUCGCCGCCGAGCCAAACGAUAUCACACACCUCGACGGCCAGGACGCUAUCCCCUUCCCGCAGCACAUCCUGACGGGACGCUACCAGCCCUUCAACGCUCCGCCGCCACCGGUCCUCAUGCCCGUUGACGCUGCGCCAGCGACCGAGACCGGUCAGGCGAAACGCACGUACACAGCUACCCUGACAAUCGAGGAGAGCACCUCCCCGCUCGGCGAGGUGACGUACGUAGCACACAGCUCGCCACUACAAGAUGUGGAGGAGCCGACGGUGCCAACGGCAUUCAGGGAGCGCAUGCGUGGGCGGAGGUUGAGAUAUGUCGAGGAGAGAGCUGGCGGGGAGAUGUGGGCGAUUAGUGUGAAGAGGCAGAGGAAGCUGAAGAUGAAGAAGCAUAAGUAUAAGAAGCUGAUGCGGCGGACGAGGAAUUUGAGGAGGAGAUUGGAUCGUAAUUAGAUGGGGAUGGGUAGAGGGGUUUUUCUUUUGUGCAUUUGUUUGCAUUGCAUGGAGGGAUUGGGAGAUUAUAUUUUUUUUUGGUUGGGGACAGAGGUAGUACAUAGAUGGGGGUGAUGGCGCCCGUGAAUUUUCUACUCUAGAACUGGUACUUGAUGGCAUGGGCAUGUAGAGGCAUCAAUCAUAUACUAGUGACAUAUUUGCAGC